AUGAUUCCUUUCCCAGUUUUUCCUCUACCGUAGGGGUUUCCUUUAGCCCACCGGUGUCUAAUACAGCAUUCGUCUUUUACUGUGUCCCUCUGUCUAUAAUUGUUUUGGGGGUUUUUCUGCAUGCGGUUAAACUAUAGAACUGGAGGCCGUUUUCUUUAUUUUACAUUGAACUGUGGAUUUUUUUCAGGAUGUCUUACUCUCCUCCAAUAAACCGCCCACCGAUUGGCAUCCCACAGCUACCCCCUGGGAUCCCACCUCCCCAGUAUGCAGGCUUUGCCCCUCCAGGGACUCCCAUGAUCCCAGUACACAUGGGUGUGAUGACCCCUGCACCCACAGUUCUAGUCCCGACCACAGUUACCAUCGCGCAAAGGCCGGUAACAACAAAGAAGGACCCUGUCCUCAUCAGAGCCAAGGAUGCAGAAGAUAGUGGGGGCCCCACCACCACUGUUUUUGUGGGGAACAUCUCUGAAAAAGCAUCUGACAUGUUGGUCAGGCAGCUUCUAGCAAAAUGUGGUAUUGUUCUGAGCUGGAAAAGGGUCCAAGGUGCCUCUGGGAAACUUCAAGCUUUUGGAUUCUGUGAAUAUAAGGAGCCUGAAUCCACACUCCGAGCUCUCCGACUUCUGCAUGAGCUGCUCCUAGGUGACAAGAAGCUGUUGGUCAAAGUAGAUGCUAAGACCAAGGCUCAGCUGGAUGAGUGGAAGGCCAGGAAGAGGAGUGCCAAUGGGGGAACCACAGAUGGGUCAAAAAACGAAGAGGAAGAUGAGGAGGACGUUCUUGAUGAAGAAACUGUGCGUCGGGACCAGGUUGUGAAGGGGGCGAUAGACGUCCUGAUCCGAGAGUACUCAAGUGAGCUUAAUGCUCCUUCACAAGACGCUGACGGUCAGCCUCGCAACAAAAAGCGCAAAGAGAAGAAAGAGGAGGAUAUCAAUGCCAUGGAGUUGGAGGAUGACAAGAGAGACCUUAUAUCCAGAGAGAUCAGCAAAUUCAGAGAUACACACAAGAAACUGGAAGAGGAAAAAGGAAAGAAAGACAAGGAACGACUGGAACUCGAAAAGGAAAGGAGGGAGAGGGACAAGGAGCGCGAGCGUGAGAGGGAGCGGCGUGACCGAGAGAAAGAGAGGGAAAGAGAGCGAGAAAGGGACAAGGAGCGAGAACGGGAGCGAGAGAGAGAACGUGAGAGGACGAAAGAGCGGGAGAGGAGUCGAGAUGUCAGUGAGGCUCGCAGUAGAUCGAGGGAGAGGACUAGAGAAGAGAAAAAACGAGACCGUGAUGAAGAUGAGGAAGACGUUUACGAACGGCGGAGACUUGAGAGGAGGCUGAGAGACAAAGAGACUGCCUACCAAGAACGACUCAAAAACUGGGAGAUCCGAGAGAGGAAGAAAGCUCGCGACUAUAACAAAGAAAAUGAGAGGGAGGACGAGAGGCGGCGUGAAAUGACAAAAGAAGCCAAAAGACUGAAAGAGUUUCUUGAAGAUUAUGAUGACGACAGGGAUGACCCAAAAUACUACAGAGGCAGCGCUUUGCAAAAGCGACUCCGUGACCGUGAAAAGGAAAUAGAAAUGGAUGAGCGAGAUCGAAAGAGGGAAAAGGAGGAGCUGGAAGAGAUCAGACAAAGGCUUCUUGCUGAGGGUCACCCUGACCCAGAUGCGGAGCUACAGAGAAUGGAGGAGGAAGCCGAGCGCAGGCGACAGCCGCCUCUGAACCUUGAACCUGAAGAGGAAGUAAGCCAGGAUAAAACUAAAUGUGAUCGGGAACUGGAGCAGGUGCGUGAAAGGGACCGUCAUCAUGAACGGGACCGCCAUCAUGAACGGGACCGCCAUAAUGAACGGGACCGCCAUCAUGAACGGGACCGCCAUCAUGAACGGGAACGAGAGCGGGAGAAAAGAGGGUCUGAGAAACCCAUGGAGUCAAAGUCCCAAGGCCCCCAGAACCGUUCAGAUGACGAUGAUGAUGAUGGUGGUGGUAACGUUAAUGAAAGGCAUGAGGAUGACUAUCAUGAUGGUGAAGACUCACAAGAAGCUAAGCCUCAACUUAAACCCAUAAUGAGACCGAUCACCAUUGCCCCAUCAGUGUCUUCUGCUAGUGGGAAUGUGACUCCAAACACUCCUGGGAAUGAGUCCCCCUGUGGCAUAAUCAUUCCAGGCGAGAACACUCCUGACAUCCAGCCUUUAGAAGAACACCGGCCCAAGAUCGGUCUCAGUCUCAAACUGGGUGCAACCAACAGUCCCAGCCAGCUCAAUCCUGGAAAGCGAAAGAAGCUUGCAGCAGUGGACAGUGUCUUCAACAAAUUUGAUGAUGAGGAGGCAGAUGAGCAGCCUCGCAAAAGAAAACUAGUUCCCCUGGACUAUGGCGAUGAUGACAAGAGUCUGGGACUUGAUGGGGCAGACAUUUCUACAGCAAAAGGUGGCAGCGUCAACACAGAAGAGAAACGAAAGCACAUAAAGAGCCUUAUUGAGAAGAUUCCCACAGCCAGGCCUGAGCUUUUCUCUUACCCUUUGGAUUGGUCUAUGGUCGACUCGACUCUGAUGGAUCGUCGAAUUAGACCGUGGAUUAAUAAGAAAAUUAUUGAAUACAUUGGGGAGGAGGAAGCCACUCUGGUCGAUUUUGUCUGUUCUAAGAUAAUGGCACACAGCACUCCCCAGGGGAUUCUUGAUGAUGUGGCUAUGGUUCUUGAUGAAGAAGCAGAAGUCUUCAUAGUAAAAAUGUGGAGGUUACUGAUUUAUGAAACAGAAGCCAAGAAGAUCGGACUAGUGAAGUAAAGACUAUAAUGUCUCUGAUCUUUCAGUUCACUAGCUACAGUUUUCUGGCCCACCAGGCUGUAAAUAUGUGCCCAUACAUCUCUCCAUUCCAUCUUGCAAGGAGCUGCUACCUUGUAUGUUUGUGAGUGUGUGUGUCUGUAUGAUAAGGUCUGAUUUUGUGAACAGAGUUUGCACAAACCUCAAGCAUGGUAAAACUUUGGUUGUACUUUUUUUUUUUUGACAUUGUUAGAGAAAUUGCAGUUGCAUUUUGCUGUCUUUUCUCCAGUUUGUUGAACAUUGUACAUACUGCUAUGAGUUGCCAGUGUUUUGUGAAAGCUCUGCCCUAACAGGUGAACAAAUAAACAUGCUUUUUUUUAAAAAAAAGUUCAAA